AUGACUCUCCUUAGCAAUGAGGAGUUUCUCAGCCAGUUAGGAAGGAUGUACAUGGAUGCGCGUCUUGGUGGUCCGAAAUCAGUCUAUGUAACAAUGAAACCGUAUGAUGGUCGUACGAAGCCACAACCCAAGAAUGCCGAUUCCCAAUUGGAUUGCAACAAAUGUCUGUUUCGUGCCAAACUGGGAAAAAGGCGUAUCAGCACUGUGGUGUCGUCGAAAGAAGUGAAUAAAUUUCACUUAGCGUAUGUAUCGGUUCUACGAGCGAACAUGGAUAAUCUUGAGAGGCGAAAGAAAACGGACGCAAUGAAAACGAAGCCGACACCUAAGAACAACAUGGCAUAG